UCCCUUCUAGGCGUUUCUGCGGAGGGAUCUUUGGGCGGCCGGGAGUAUAUAAGAAGGCGCCCCGGCGAGCUGCUGCUAGUUCCGUGGAGGCUGUUCGACCCGACACAGUUCUUCUCCGUGCGCCGCUGCCACAGCCGCCGUCGAAAAUGCAGAUCUUCGUGAAGACCCUGACUGGCAAGACCAUCACCCUGGAGGUGGAGCCCAGUGACACCAUCGAGAACGUCAAGGCCAAGAUCCAGGACAAGGAGGGCAUCCCCCCUGACCAGCAGAGGCUGAUCUUUGCAGGCAAGCAACUGGAAGAUGGCCGCACCCUGUCCGACUACAACAUCCAGAAAGAGUCUACUCUGCACCUGGUGCUCCGUCUCCGUGGUGGCAUGCAGAUCUUCGUGAAGACCCUGACUGGCAAGACCAUCACCCUGGAGGUGGAGCCCAGUGACACCAUCGAGAAUGUCAAGGCCAAGAUCCAGGACAAGGAGGGCAUCCCCCCUGACCAGCAGAGGCUGAUCUUUGCAGGCAAGCAGCUGGAAGAUGGCCGCACCCUGUCCGACUACAACAUCCAGAAAGAGUCUACUCUGCACCUGGUGCUCCGUCUCCGUGGUGGCAUGCAGAUCUUCGUGAAGACCCUGACUGGCAAGACCAUCACCCUGGAGGUGGAGCCCAGUGACACCAUCGAGAAUGUCAAGGCCAAGAUCCAGGACAAGGAGGGCAUCCCCCCUGACCAGCAGAGGCUGAUCUUUGCAGGCAAGCAGCUGGAAGAUGGCCGCACCCUGUCCGACUACAACAUCCAGAAAGAGUCUACUCUGCACCUGGUGCUCCGUCUCCGAGGUGGCAUGCAGAUCUUCGUGAAGACCCUGACUGGCAAGACCAUCACCCUGGAGGUGGAGCCCAGUGACACCAUCGAGAAUGUCAAGGCCAAGAUCCAGGACAAGGAGGGCAUCCCCCCUGACCAGCAGAGGCUGAUCUUUGCAGGCAAGCAGCUGGAAGAUGGCCGCACCCUGUCCGACUACAACAUCCAGAAAGAGUCUACUCUGCACCUGGUGCUCCGUCUCCGAGGUGGCAUGCAGAUCUUCGUGAAGACCCUGACUGGCAAGACCAUCACCCUGGAGGUGGAGCCCAGUGACACCAUCGAGAAUGUCAAGGCCAAGAUCCAGGACAAGGAGGGCAUCCCCCCUGACCAGCAGAGGCUGAUCUUUGCAGGCAAGCAGCUGGAAGAUGGCCGCACCCUGUCUGACUACAACAUCCAGAAAGAGUCUACUCUGCACCUGGUGCUCCGUCUCCGUGGUGGCAUGCAGAUCUUCGUGAAGACCCUGACUGGCAAGACCAUCACCCUGGAGGUGGAGCCCAGUGACACCAUCGAGAAUGUCAAGGCCAAGAUCCAGGACAAGGAGGGCAUCCCCCCUGACCAGCAGAGGCUGAUCUUUGCAGGCAAGCAGCUGGAAGAUGGCCGCACCCUGUCCGACUACAACAUCCAGAAAGAGUCUACUCUGCACCUGGUGCUCCGUCUCCGAGGUGGCAUGCAGAUCUUCGUGAAGACCCUGACUGGCAAGACCAUCACCCUGGAGGUGGAGCCCAGUGACACCAUCGAGAAUGUCAAGGCCAAGAUCCAGGACAAGGAGGGCAUCCCCCCUGACCAGCAGAGGCUGAUCUUUGCAGGCAAGCAGCUGGAAGAUGGCCGCACCCUGUCCGACUACAACAUCCAGAAAGAGUCUACUCUGCACCUGGUGCUCCGUCUCCGAGGUGGCAUGCAGAUCUUCGUGAAGACCCUGACUGGCAAGACCAUCACCCUGGAGGUGGAGCCCAGUGACACCAUCGAGAAUGUCAAGGCCAAGAUCCAGGACAAGGAGGGCAUCCCCCCUGACCAGCAGAGGCUGAUCUUUGCAGGCAAGCAACUGGAAGAUGGCCGCACCCUGUCUGACUACAACAUCCAGAAAGAGUCUACUCUGCACCUGGUGCUCCGUCUCCGUGGUGGCAUGCAGAUCUUCGUGAAGACCCUGACUGGCAAGACCAUCACCCUGGAGGUGGAGCCCAGUGACACCAUCGAGAAUGUCAAGGCCAAGAUCCAGGACAAGGAGGGCAUCCCCCCUGACCAGCAGAGGCUGAUCUUUGCAGGCAAGCAGCUGGAAGAUGGCCGCACCCUGUCCGACUACAACAUCCAGAAAGAGUCUACUCUGCACCUGGUGCUCCGUCUCCGAGGUGGCAUGCAGAUCUUCGUGAAGACCCUGACUGGCAAGACCAUCACCCUGGAGGUGGAGCCCAGUGACACCAUCGAGAAUGUCAAAGCCAAGAUCCAGGACAAGGAGGGCAUCCCCCCUGACCAGCAGAGGCUGAUCUUUGCAGGCAAGCAGCUGGAAGAUGGCCGCACCCUGUCCGACUACAACAUCCAGAAAGAGUCUACUCUGCACCUGGUGCUCCGUCUCCGUGGUGGCAUGCAGAUCUUCGUGAAGACCCUGACUGGCAAGACCAUCACCCUGGAGGUGGAGCCCAGUGACACCAUCGAGAAUGUCAAGGCCAAGAUCCAGGACAAGGAGGGCAUCCCCCCUGACCAGCAGAGGCUGAUCUUUGCAGGCAAGCAGCUGGAAGAUGGCCGCACCCUGUCCGACUACAACAUCCAGAAAGAGUCUACUCUGCACCUGGUGCUCCGUCUCCGAGGUGGCAUGCAGAUCUUCGUGAAGACCCUGACUGGCAAGACCAUCACCCUGGAGGUGGAGCCCAGUGACACCAUCGAGAAUGUCAAGGCCAAGAUCCAGGACAAGGAGGGCAUCCCCCCUGACCAGCAGAGGCUGAUCUUUGCAGGCAAGCAGCUGGAAGAUGGCCGCACCCUGUCUGACUACAACAUCCAGAAAGAGUCUACUCUGCACCUGGUCCUGCGUUUGAGGGGAGGUUUUUAGGUUUCCCCUUUUAAGCUUAUGACAAGUUUCAUUGCACUUUUCUUUCAAUAAAGUUCUUGCAUUCCUGAA